CGCUUGGGAGUUAGGAAUCUGACCAAACACAGUGGGUUUUUGCUUUAAACUUCUUCCUAGUCACGGGUCCACAGAACACUUCUUUGUGCUAUUUUUAUCUUUUAUCUAGUUGUAUCUAGAAAACCACCAUUGUGGGUUUGUCUCUAAGCAGACUGCAAGUUGUUAAAGGCGGUGGCUUCAUGGAGCAGCAUUCAGGGGACAGGUGGGGGAGGAUGUUGUACCAGGAUUGGACAGGUGUUUUCAGGAAUGACAAAAAGAGCACUGCUUUCUCUCUUGUUACAGGCUGGGAUGGUUUGUCACUAACAGCAACUAAAACUCUGGCUCUUCAGGGUAUCCCAGGAAGCGAGAAGAUCACCAUGUUGGAGCCCAAGGAAGAGGGAUGGCCUAGGGACUGUGAGAGCAGGCUUCCUGGGCCCCACUCGGCCAGUCAAGAGAUGUUCCGCCAGCGCUUCAGGCAGCUGUGUUACCGGGAGACGCCGGGUCCCCGGGAGGCCCUGAGCCAGCUCCGGGUGCUGUGCUGUGAGUGGCUGAGGCCCGAACGGCACACCAAGGAGCAGAUCCUGGAGCUGCUGGUGCUGGAACAGUUUCUGAGCAUCCUACCCGAGAAGCUCCGGGCCUGGGUGCGGGGACAUCACCCUAAGAGCGGAGAGGAGGCCGUGACUGUGCUGGAGGACUUAGAGAAAGGACUUGAACCAGAGCUGCAGGUCCCGGGCCCCGCACGCGGACCUGCACUGGAGGAGCCAGGAGAGGAGCAGCCGCCACUGGGGGCAGCUCAGGAGGCUGCAGGCGCUCGGCUCAAGCUUGAACCUCAGGACUCGCAGCCUUUCCCACAGAGCGAACAGGUCUGUUUACAUUUUCCACCAGCUGUAGAUGGUGCAGAGCUCAAGGACAAAGCAGCAUUGACAGAACCGCCCAAUGUGGAGGUGGAGUCACCGGCAUUCCCAAAGGCACUUGCCAGCCCCACUGCCACGUUCAAGGCUACAUCUUGUGUUGAAAGCACCUUAGGACAGUCACAAAGGAAACCCAAAGUGGGCAGACUGAGGCAGUCCCCUGCCCAGGGAGCAGGUUCGAGGCAGACAGUUGUCACCCAUAAGAAAACUCCCCCAGGGAAGAAAGACCACGAGUGUACUGAAUGCGGUAAAGCCUUCGUUUAUAAUUCACACCUGGUCAUCCAUCAGAGAAUCCAUUCUGGAGAGAAACCCUAUAAGUGUAGUGACUGUGGGAAGACUUUCAACCAGAGCUCAAACCUCAUUCAACAUCAGAGAAUUCACACGGGGGAGAAACCCUAUGAGUGUGGCGAGUGUGGGAAGGCUUUCAGGUGGGGCGCUCAUCUUGUGCAGCACCAGAGGAUCCACUCCGGAGAGAAGCCCUAUGAGUGUAAUAAAUGUGGCAAGGCCUUCAGCCAGAGCUCCUAUCUCAGUCAGCACCUGAGGAUCCACAGUGGAGAAAAGCCAUUCGUGUGUAAAGGAUGUGGGAAGGCCUACCGCUGGAGCUCAGAGCUACUUAGACACCAGCGAGUGCAUGCUGGCUCAGAAUCUGCCCCAUACGUGGACGGGGAGAGAGGCUCCAGACAGACUUGUACUUUUAUCUAAUCUACUUUAGGAUCAGAGUCCAUAAAAGUUCUAAGUGU